UGAUUGGUAUACAUGUAUGAAUAUUCCGAAGUGUAUGUGUAUUUGAGACAUCCCUCGUCUUUCUUCGGUAAAGGGGAGUGAUCAGAGUAAGGUUGUACAGUUGUUGGUGUUCCUCUUGACAGAUAGAGAGAAGAGAUUAAUUUAAAAAAUGAACAUAUCCUUUAUCGUCCUUUUUCUUUUCUUUGUAAAUAAAGUUACUUCAGAGAAAUCAAAAUAUAAUUUGACAUGGUUAGCUGCUCAAAACUAUUGUCGAACACGUGGAAUGGUUUCAAGAUUUGGGAAAAGUUCACUUGCUGAACAGUCCUCAGAAAGAUACUGGACACGUCGUUAUACAAAGAGAAGUGACUGGAUUCAUAUUCUUGGAUGUUACGAUCAAGACACAGUUCUUCAUUAUGUUAAGUCAAAUUUAACAAUUCUAGAUACAACAAUUGUUAAAUGUCAUGGUUUCUGCUUGAAGGAUUGGGAGAUAUUUGGAAUACAGGCAUGUUUACAUCUUUUUUGUAAUUGUCUAAUUAACCAAACAAACAUAAACAUAAUUAGGCUUCUGUCUUUGUAUCAAAUAUUAUUUGUUUAGGGGAACAGUUGCUUCUGUUUGUCUAAACUGGAUGCCAAAAUUCAACGGUUACACAAAAAUAAGUGUAACUGGCCUGGCGAUAAAUUUAGAGGUGACAGUAACUCCCUUGCUAUUUUCCGGACUACUGACUUCAACGCUAUUCAGCCUCGUAAAAAUGAUGCAACAAAUCAUGAAAAUCUGUGUGUGCAAAUUAUUUGUGACAACCAAGAGAAAUUUACAAUGACUGGGUGCAAGUCUUUUGGGAAUGCAUUAUGUUCAAAAACAGUUCUUGAGGGUAACUACACAUGGGAAAAAGCUAUGCAAGAAUGUGUGCAACAAUCAACGUCUGCCGACUAUCUAAAAGCUGACAUAGACUUAGAUUCAACGUCUUCAAAUAUUUGCACUAAUUAUAGCAUUUCACCUGGUGGAUCUUUGUGGCUUGGAAUUUGGUCUUUUUCAUCUGAAUUAGAAUACCAGGAUGAUAACGAUUUAACAAAUCUUACAAUGGAUAUGAAAUGUCAAAGUUGUGUUGAUGUUUGCAUAUUAGAAGAUUGCAAUGAAUUAAGACUCGCAUUUUGUGAGCCCGUAUCAGAACUGGAGACAACUGGUAAACAUGACCGUACCAGCCAAUAUAACACAGAUUCAAUGACAAGUGAUCAAAAGAUUUAUUCAUACAUAUCGACCAUAGCCUACGAGAGAAGUAGCAGUAUGUCCACUAAUGCCUUCUAUUCGUCUGUAUCACAUAAGGAUAAAUACGCUUCAAGAUAUACUCCAAGUACAUACGUAUCGAUGAAAAUUACAACGCAAGGAUUUUCCACGAUCCAGGAAAUAUCAAACGGUUCAGACAAUAUAACACACACAGCCGUCGUUUACGGUGUUCCAUUAGCAUUGGCAAUCAUUAUACUUGUCGUUUGUUUAUUAUACUGCAGGAGAAAACAUCAUAAGAAAAGAAAUUUGGAUGCUGUAUCACCAGCGGAAUGCAAACAGUCAUCGUCUCAUGCUCAAGUCAAAAUCACCUUAUAUGAGCUGGCGGACAAUUCAAAAUUAGAAAAGCCCACUUCUGACUCAGAUACACCGGAAACAGAAAACCAACCAAACACUGGCGAAAGCGAAAUGUAUGAAAAAGUGAACAGUAUAAAUGUAUCGGAAACAGAGGAUGUAUACAAUCAUCUCAGAGAGAGGAGUGAUUCGACUGAACAGAGUGAAAACAUUUAUGAUCGUUCAACCAAAACAUACGAUAUAGAAAAUCCCUUAUAUGACAUUACAACAAAUAGUGCACAUCAAAAAGCCUCGCUAGAUCCAAAAUACGACCAUGCUGUUUCGUUAGAUAAGCUGAAAGAGUGAGAAACUUUCUACAUUUUGAUAUGCUAAAGUGACUGUAAGGAAAGCUUUAGGCCGUGAAAUGCAUGAACUUUAAUUCUUAGUCCGAAAAUAACUUCAUGUAUAAUGUACAGUAUUAUUUAUUCUUCUUGGAUUACAUUUGACUUAUGAUUAUUAAAUUGUCAUAAAGGAUUGUUUCUGUACAAUACAUGUUUUUA